AGUCCUACGGUGGGCGAAAUACAGUGCUAACAUAUUUUUGAUAAGAGUACUUUUUGAUUUGUAAACUUUUUUUAAAAAAACAAAACGACUCACCAACUAUUGCAAUGGCUCGGAUGAACGUCGAGGAAUGGGGCGAAACGAAAGAGAUCAGUGGAGAGGGGCAUCCAUCCAACUUAGUGAGGGGGGAGCAUGGAGGUUAUCCACAAGGUAUGGCACUUUUGGAUAGCAGCGAUCCACGCGUCUGGCUGGCUCCUGCGCUGCAAGGCACCUGUGCGGCACACGCCGACUACCUUUUGCAUUCACCGGGGUCUUCUGUGGAGAGCCUGCAGCAGGACUCGGAGCGCAGCGGCGGAUGCAGGAAAGGCACCAAGAGUCCGGUGAAAGUGAGAGAGCUCUGUAAACUGAAGGGGGUCGGGGUGGAGGAGGGCGGGUGUCGGCAGAGAGCCCCGUCCAGCAAAGCCACCAGCGGAGUGCAGAAGCAGCGCCGGAUAGCGGCCAAUGCCCGGGAGAGGAGGAGAAUGCACGGUCUCAACCACGCUUUCGACGAGCUCCGGAGCGUCAUCCCGGCUUUCGACAACGACAAGAAACUUUCCAAAUACGAGACGCUGCAGAUGGCGCAGAUCUACAUCAACGCCCUGUCGGAUCUCCUGCAGGGCCCGGCAGCGGAUCAGCCAAAAAGUGAGCACAGGUCGGCGUACGAGGCAGCCAGUCCCCGCGGGGCUCCCGCUGCUUGCCGCAGGUUCGCCUCGGCAGGUUACCCGGUGCCGCUGGACGCCAUGCAGUUUCCCUACGAGGACGGGGCUUUCUCGGCGAUGACGGGCCAUGAGGCGCUGUCCCCUUCCAGCACCGUGAAGUCGGGUUCGGACGAGAGCAAGGCCUCCCCAAGGUCCAAUAGGAGUGACGGCGAAUUUUCCCCGCACUCCCACUUCAGUGACUCGGACGAGCCGCAUCUGGAGUUACAAAGCGAAGACGAACUCUCCCGAACCACCACACGUUUCGAACCGUUUUAGGAACCACACGUGUCCACCAUUCUGGAGCGAGAAUUUCCCAUAUAUAUAUAUAUUUUUAAAAUACGUUGCAUACAAAAUAAUGUUUAUUAUUGCAAGCCUGUUGUAAGCACUCUUCCUCAGAUAUACUGUAGAUGUUGCUCUUGAGUUUAUCAUUCUGCCAAUACAUUUGAGUUUCGUUCCUGGAGGUAUAGAAAAUACUGUCCUGCCACAUAGAUUGUCAUUACUGCGCUACUGCCAUAGGCUCUCCAAUUAAUGUACAACAUGACUGUCUUCCAAAAAUGAGCCUAAACUAAAAAGCCUGUCAAUGCAUACAAUUGUAAAUGAAUGUCUGCCUUAUAUUCUGAUUGAUUCUACAGAUUUUUUGUAAGUCCCCGUUUAAAUUUUUUGCAACUUGUAAAGUUAUUUGCACGCACUUUAAAAAAAGCCACAGGCUUUAGAAACUACAACACUAAUGUUAUGAAAUAAUAAUAAUAUCUGCCAAUUUGAAUAUAUAUCUAUUUAACAUAGCCAUUAGCUUGUGUUUGCUUUUUAUAUUUGUAAACAAAUCGGUUUUAUUUUGUUUCGACGGGAGUAUGUUUGUUGAAUUAUUUAUUUCUGUUUGCUACUGUCAUCCUUUUAUAAUGAAAAUGUACGAUCUAGACAUUUUACCAUGG